AUUUCAUUCAUUAUGAGCAUCUUUGAUGAAUCAGAUAAGAAGGAAGCAGAAGAGAAUGCUUUUGGACUUAACUUCAAGAAAGCCAACAUUGACGAACAGCUCAUAUGCGACGACAUGGCCAGACUCUUAGAUGACAAGAAGGAGCUUGUUCAUGAGGAAACCAACCCAUACUCUUCAGGAAAUUAUGCUCCAACCUUCGACCAAUUUGAAUCUGCUGAUAAACAAGCAGAGCUUCAGAACAAGAACUUCAAAGAAACUAGUCUUGAGAGCUUUGGUUUUAGCAUGGAAGCAAAUAGCUCAGAAUUUAGGUUUCCUGACGACAAACCUGAAAAUAAAAGCUGUGAUAAUACUAAACCUUUCUGAAUAUCUAACCCGAUACCCACACCAAGCUUUAACACUCCUGCUUAUGCUCAAGAAUUUGGUUCUACACCUCAUAUGGGUUAUCCUUAUUACCAACAGCCUUAUUCUCCCUUUGAUCAGGUUGAUCAGAGGGAAUAUCAUGCUGCGAACAGCUCUCCAUUUCAUUCACCUGACAACUACAACGGAGUUCACAAUGCUCAAUAUUAUCGGGCGCCUCAACCUGAGGAAUUUAAGUCUCCUGAAGUAGAUUUCCCUUACAACUAUAACUCAGGGAGCAAUAUUUUUGCUGCAUUUGAUCAAAAGGAGAAAAACGCGUUUGACAGCUCUCCAGGGGGACAAGACCAUAUGAAGUUUGCUUCCACCAAUAUGGUAUCGACCACUGGUACCAGUAACUACAAUAAUCAAUUCUGAGCAUAUCCGAAUAGGGAUUUCCCAGCUGCUAGCAGGAUUUCCUGUCCUUCACAACUACGCUCGAAAGGUAAACUCGACUCUAAGCUUAAAAUCUCAGCGCCUAAGUUCAAAUCAGGCGAGUCUUCCAAAAGCAUUUUUGUCAAGAAUCUGGAAGCCAGACUAUCAGAUUCACACAGCGAUGUCGUCAUCGCUGAGAUCUUAGGACAGGACAAACUUCCUGAAAUUAUUAAAAACCAAAAAGGAUCCAGGUUCGUCCAGGAUGCGUACUAUACCACUUCCGAAGAGGAAAAGGAGCAGAUCUUUGAAGAAAUCAAAGAUUCCUGGAAAGACUUAAUUGUCAAUAGGUUCGCAAACUAUGUCAUCCAGAAGAUCUUUGAAAAUGGGCCAGAGCACCAGAAAGAAUUCUUCGCCCUCAAUUUGAUAGGAUCAAUGGUCUCAAUGUCAAUGGAGGACUAUGCCUGCAGGAUCAUUCAAAAAUUACUUGAGAAUCUCAAGAGCGAGACAAGAUUAAAGCUGAUUUCUGAACUCCAUGAGAACGUCGAAAAGUUAAUUUACAACUGAAAUGGCAACCACGUAAUUCAAAAAUCUAUUGAAUUUAUACCUGAGAAAUAUCUUGACUUCAUCAUUGAAGAAGUUGGAGAGAACAUCUAUGCCUUCUCGACCCACAAAUAUGGCUGCAGAGUCAUAGAGAAAAUGAUCGAGUUUUGUAAAUGCGAAGAAGUUGAUAAUAUUGUUGAAGAGAUCUUACCUAUGGCAAAAGAACUCGCUGUUGACAAAUCAGGCAAUUACGUAUGCCAAUCCAUCCUUAAAAAUGGGAAGACUAAGUAUAAGAAAAGGCUCAUAGGUAUAUUGAAAGAAGACUUACUGCAUUAUUCAACUAAUAAAUAUGCUAGCAAUGUUAUUGAGUGAUGUUUCAAGUUUACUUCUAACUCUCAAAGAAAGGAUUUUGUUAAAACUAUAUUAAAGUCUUCGAAAUCCACUUCUUGUCCUCUUGAAGUUAUGCUCUGAGAUAAGUUUGGUAACUAUGUCAUUCAGAACAUGCUUGAAAAGGCAGAUGAGAAUGACAGAAAAACAAUUGUGUCCAAGCUCAAAGAGAUUGUCAAGAGAAGGAAACAACUCAACCAAAACGCAAAAAUUGUGUUUAAAGCUAUAAAAGAGAAAGGGCUUUAUCCCUCAAACUAAUAAAUUUCAACUAAUAUCGCUUAAAU